CGUGCUCGAAUAUGCUCGAAUAUCAUGUUGAUCUUUCCAUCAAAAUGAAUCUAAAAGAUAAACUGGUUUGAUUAAAGUGGAUCGAACUGAUUAUAUUAAUAUCGGAAGAAGAAAACAUUUUCAUGGUCAACCUGAUUUCUGGUUAUUAUCCUCUUUCUACCAAUGUAAUUAAACUUGAGCUUAGAUCGAUUAAUAUUUCAGUUGUAUUGAGGUUCUCGGGUAAUAAGCUUUUGUUAUUUUUCGCUUCGCUCAGUCAAAUGAAUUUUGUUCGUUGAUGAAAAGUCAUCACUUUAAUAGCAAACAUCGUCAUGUUUUCCAGCGAAAUAAAUUUCAUUCAUUUGAUUUUAAUUGUAUUGAAUUUUUUUGUGGUGAAAAAAGUUUUCCAAUUUUUCAAGUAUUUCAAUCAUUUUCUUAAACUUCCUAAGGAUCCAAACUGUUCAUUUCUCUUUGGUGAUUUACUUCCAUUCUUACCUGGUUUUUGGAACCCAAAAUGGACGCCAAUUGCUUUAACUAAUUUUAUGAUUUCGAAUGCUUCAAAUCACCAAAUCAAAUCGGGUUUACAUGCAUGCUGGUUUGGAUGGUGGCCUAUGGUUGCGAUUAAUGACCACAGAUCUAUUGAGGCUUUGAUUAGUAAAAGUAACAUAAGUAAGCCCAGUUUUUAUGCAUUUACUGGACUGAAAGAGGGUUUGAUAACUUCGAGAGGUGAAAAGUGGAAAAUGAGACGAAAAAUGAUUGAACCUUUUUUCGUUAGUAAACAACAGAAAAGAUUCGCACUGACCAUUGACGAAGUAUUUGAUUCAUUGGUAAACGAAGAUGAUUUUUGUAACCAGGGAAAAUAUUUAACUCUUUCUAAAAAAGUUGUGGCAGCAACAAGUGAUAUGAUCAUGAAAGUGACCACCGACCUGCCGUUAGGCUCAGAAAAAGAGGAAAAACUUCAUGUGACCGAGACUAUCAAACUCAUGGAAAUGACUCUGCUAACAAGAUUAUGUAAUCCACUCAUAUGGAGUGAUAAUAUUUUCAAUGCUACAGAAUUGGGUAAAAAAUGUACCAAUAUGACGAACCGAGUGUACAAAUUUGUCGAUUUGUGUGUUGAUCAGAAUUUGAAACAUCAAUCUACUGAUAUUGAUCAGCCUCAUUCUACAAAAUCACAUUAUAAUUUUGUCAACAUGCUGCGUAGCUCAAACAAAGGUAUGAUCGAUGCCGAAGGCAUCAGUGCAGAAUUGCUCACCAUGAUUGCAGCGGGUUAUGAGACCACGGCCAUUGUUCUUGACUGGACAUUGUUCAUCUUAGGAAAUCGUCUCGAGAUCCAAGAAAAGUUAUAUCAAGAAAUUUCAUCGGUGUUUGAUGACAAUGAUUCUGUCAAUGAUAUUGAAAAGGUAAAUAAGUGCGAGUAUCUGGAUAAGUGUAUCAAAGAGUCAAUGAGACUUUAUCCACCAGUACCAGUGAUUGCAAGAGAAUUAGAUGAACCAAUGGAGAUUAACAGUUACUAUUUGCCAAAAGGAACCACUAUCGCAGUCAACAUUUUCAGCAUUCAACGAGAUCCUCGAAUUUAUCCCAACCCGACCGAAUAUGAUCCAGAGCGUUUUGAUCCAUCAAAUUUACCAAACAUUCCCAAAGGAGCUUAUAUACCUUUUGGAGUAACGCCAAGAAAUUGUAUCGGCUUUCGUUUUGCGUUAAUCGAAAUGAAAAUUUUUCUUAUACAUUUGAUAAGAAAAUAUGAAAUUUUCUCAGCCAGGAAACUCGAAGAUGUCGCUUUGCUAAUGAAGCUUAUGCUAAAUCCUUCAUGUCCAUUGGAGAUUAAGCUUCAAAAGCGGAUCGAUUCGUGGUAAAUGGGUUCAAGGAGAUGAUUAAGGAAUAAUCAGGAUUCAAUUAGCCAUGUAGAUUUGUUUUUGAUGUUUCUGUUUGGUUAUUUGAGAAACUAAAUUGUCAUUGAUCAACUUAUUCUAUCAAACAGCAAGAUAAUUGUAAUCAUCUAUCUAUUAGGCGUUACUUUAAGUCUUUAGCCUAAUAUUGUUUUAGAUGAGCUAGAGACUUCUAAUUCGAGUUGAUAAUACCUUGGACUAUUACUCGGCUGCAUCUUUGAGAAAAAUUUGGUACUUUAACUUUAGGUCAAUUUUUCGGCUGGUCUUUAAAAAGCCGCCUAAUUCGGCUCAUAACUGCUCAAUUGAGGCAAAUUUUAUUCUCGAAUGAUUUUUUUCUGAUUCAAUAGCGCUCAAUAGUUGCUAGGGAACUUAUCUAGACGAGAGAGAAAAUUCGAUUCGUUUACAGCUAUUUUUGAGGUCAUUUAUAAAAAAACGAGCUUCGAAAACUCGAUCAUUUCUCUUGUUCAUCGUUUGCCGUUUUGACUUUGAAUUAGUGUCGCAAAAAGGUCUCAAGUUCUAUAGCGCUCAAAUUUACAGGACUGUCUUCUUCUAAUUAGUUGAAAAUUAUUUUUUCACUGUUUUUUUCUAGCUAUCGCUUUUCUAACUAUCUUAGGCUAAAGACUUAAAGUAACCCCUAAUACGAUGUUCACUAAAUGAAUAAAGAAAUGGAUCUAUUGGUCAUUUAAAUGGCCAGAGAAAAAAUUUUAUACAUGAA